UGGCAACCGACAUAAACCGCAGUCAACGGCAGCGUUCCACACGCUACUUUUGUCUUUUUGAAUCAAACAUUGUGGGGGUAAAAAGUCCAACUAGGUAAGACAUGGCUGAGUCAUUGGAGGAGUUCCAGCUGGUCCUCAGUGAGCUCACUGAGGACCAAGAGGAACCAAACAUGAGCAAGAUCCGCGAAGAAUAUGAGAAACUCCUCAAUGCACUGACGAAGUCCUACAACAACGAGAAAAGACUCAUGUCCAAAUGUAAGGAACUCAGUGCAGAGAUGGCGUCAGCCUCAACCAAAUAUGAAGCUGCGCGCAAGAUGUCUCAAGAUGAUGAGGGAACAUUGGCUUCAUUAAAGACGGAGUUAGAAAAAGCUUGGAAAAUGGUGGACGCUGCCUACAAUAAAGAGCAAGCCAAUAUGGAGACGAUCAAAAAUUUACAAGACGAGGUUGCCAACUUAACACAGUUAGCAGAACAGCAAAGUAUGGCCUCUGCUAACCAAGAUCAGAGUGAUUUACUGAAAAUGAUUGAAGAUUUGACGAAUGAGCGUGACCGCCUGCUGACAACGGUGGAGAGUCUCCGAGAACAGCUGAACAUCGCCAGUGCAAGCAAGCAAAAAGCAGAGGCUCAAAGGGAGGAUGCCUUGAACAAUAUUUCUCAGCUCCAGCAUGAGAUUCAGCUUCAACAAAAUGCCAUUUCCCGCGAGCAGAGGUUAAAAGAAAAACUGGAGAAGGAGUUGAAUGAGCUGAGCAUCGACAUGGAAACAAAGGUCCGCGAAAUCCAAACUCAAAAAAAGGAUUUACAAAACUCCAAAGAUGAGCAGCAAAGAUUAGCGCAACAACUGAAGUCAAUGAAGAUUACCAUGGAGAAAAUUGCCAAGGAUCUGGAGCAGUUGCAAAUUAAAACCAACAAGCUGCAGCGUGAGCGAGAUCAACUUGUAUCGCUCAAAGAACGCCUCUUUUUGGAGAAUCAGAAGAAUUUAAAUGAGAUUAAGUUGAAAGAAGACAUGGGGAAUCAGAUGCGCCAUGAGAUUGCCAAAGAAAGAAAGAUGAAAGAGGCCACCCAAAAGAAGUUCCGUUUAAUGGAGGAUCAGAAAGCGGACGUGGAAGUACACAGAGGGAUUCUAAAAACCCGAAUCACCGGUCUAGAGAAAGAGUUUGAUGGUGCAAAAAAACAAAUUGAAGCUGACAAGAAAGCAAUUUCUGACCUCACCAGAGAACGAGAUCUCUUGACUAAGAGUGUGGCCAAAGCUACAGAGGCAACGGAGAUACAGGAGUGCCUUGUGAUGGAGCUUGAGAACGACAAAAGUGUUUUACAACAAGAGAUUACUUGCUACUGUCUGGAGGCCCAAAAGCAGCGCAAGUUUACCCAGGAACUUGAAAAGGAACGUGACCGCUACAUCAACGACAACAACAACCUUUUGGAAAAGGUGCAACAAAAAAUAAAUGAAAUUGAAACCAGCGAGAUGGCAAUCCAUAACUGGAAGAAGAGAGUCACAGAGGAAGAGUGCAAGCUCAAAAGGAAAGAGGACCUGCUGGAUUCUAUGAUAACUGAAAGGAACAAAUACAGCAAAUGCAUUGUUGAUGCUCAGGACAGCAUUGCACAGUUGAAGAUAAAGAUGAGGGCACUGAACAACCAGAAUACUCAGUUGAAGGAUGAGAUAGAAGUAAAGGAGUUGACCAUCCACAAAGAUCAGCAGCACCACAAGCGCUUAGUGCGAGAUAACGAUAAUCUCAAGACAGAAUUGAAGUCGAAAACUCAGCAACUGGACGAAGAAUUGCGACGUGUUGAGCAUCAGAAAGCAGAACAAGAAAAACUUCAGAAAAUGAUUGCUGACAAAGAAAUAGAAAAUAUGCAACAAAAAAAACAAUUAGAUCAAGUGAUCAGAGAACGGGACAACUUGGGUAAGCAGCUGCUACAACGCAAUGAGGAACGAGCUCUGUUGUAUGACAAGGUCAAGAUCCAGCAAUCAAUCAUAAGCAAGAGGGACUUUCAUCACAACCAGCGGAUGGAAGAUAUCCGCCUCCUCAAGUUGGAAAUCAAGAGGCUCAUGCGUGAAAAGAAUAUCUUGGACAAGACUGUACCCAACACAGAUGAGCUAAAACGAGAGCUGUUUGCCCUGCAAAGAGAACUGGCUCGAGAAAGGACAAGGAAUGGUGUACUCGAGGAACAGCUAAACCCCAUAAAUAUUCACCGAUGGAGGCGACUGGAGGGCAGUGACCCCUGCAAGUAUGAACUGAUCCAGAAGGUACACACGUUACAGAGAAGACUCAUCAACAAGACCGAAGACUUUGAAGAACAGGAAUUCUUAUUACAGGAAAAGGAGAAGUUGUACGUAGAGCUGCAACAAAUUUUGGCUCGGCAGCCAGGUCCAGAGGCACUUGAGCAACUUCAGCAUUGCCAAUGGACAUUAAGGGAAAGGACCAAAAAACUAAUGGCACUGACUGCAGAGGUGAGAGUGCUAGACUUAAAGAUGAAUGAGUACAAAAGCGACAAUCAACAGUUGAUCAAUGAGCUUGCAGACCUCAAGAAGAAGUACUUCAAUCAGAAGAAGUUACAAAGUGAGAAGUCCAAAACCAAGGGGGAACGGUUGGUGCUGCCUCAACUCAUCAGCAAGCCGCAUUUCGCUGGCGGAGGCUUCAAGUUUGAUGAACUUUUCCGAUGACAAAUGAACAUAUUUCAAAAUACAGUGCAAUUAUUUAAUAUAGGUGAAUAUCAUUAAUCAAAUUUGCCUCAGGAAGUCAACAUGACACUCUAUCCUCAGAUGCCUUCAAACACAAUGUUGUAACCGAAACCCUUGAAUGUGUGAAAAUCCAAGGACAAAUUAUGUAUCCCUAUUAUGGUUGGCAAAUAUGUCGUAGACACAGUGGAAGAUAAAUCUU